GAAACUGGUAUGUGUUAAGAUGUCAGACAACGAAAGCUCCACGAGUGACAAAACAGAGAAAUCAAUGAACCAAGAGCCCAAAGAGCCUUCAUCACCUACUCAAGAUGAGCCCUCUGGUGAAACUCAGACUGACAGCUCUACUGAUGUAGCACCAACCCGAAAGACCAGGAGAAGACCAGAGCAUAAACCUCCUCCAGAAGAACAGAAGACCCCAGAAGCACAAAAACCAGCACAAAGUGCUCCAGAAACCUCUCCAGAGACGACUGUUUCCCAGGGAGGUUGGGGUUACUGGGGUAGCUGGGGUAAAUCGAUCCUUUCCACUGCUACAGCCACUGUAGCUACUGUGGGCCAAGGGUUGACACAGGUCAUUGAGAAAGCAGAGACAUCUCUAGGAAUCCCAAGUCCUGAGGAGCUUUCAGCUCAAACGGAAAAAGAAAAAAAUGAUGAUUCAGCCAGCAGUAAGGAAAAUAAAGAUGAAGGGGAGAAGGCAUAUGGAGUGGGUGGUGCAAUGGGAAUGAUCUCCUCCAGUAGUAUGGGAAUGCUGUCAUCUUUAACCACUGUAGUUCAGAGUACGGGUAAAACAGUAAUAAGUGGUGGUCUGGAUGCAUUGGAGUUCAUUGGGAAGAAGACCAUGGAUGUUAUAGCAGAAGGAGACCCCGGCUUUAAGAAAACAAAGGGGCUGAUGAACAGAAACACCACACUGUCACAGGUCUUAAGGGAAGCAAAAGAACGUGAAGAGCAGCAAAAAGCUGAAAACGUCACUUCAGAAACAGACAAGAAGGCUCAUUAUGGAAUGCUGUUUGAUGAGUUUCAAGGCCUGUCCCAUUUGGAGGCUUUGGAGAUUCUCUCUAGAGAGAGCGAAGCCAAGGUGAAAUCUGUGCUGACCACACUGUCCGGUGAGGAGUUAGCUAAACUAAAAAAAGAACUACAGGACAUUAAAGAGCCUUUUUCCCUUAUGGAGUUUGAUGACGAGGUGGACGAUGAUACGAAAGGUGAUGAUGGUGAGGACUUUGUGAAGGAACUGACAGAUGCUCUCGAAAGAUUACAGAUCUCCACAUCAGCAGACAAACUUGGCAAGGCCAGAAAAAAUGCAUUCAACCAUAUCACAAACAUUAAGCUACAAAGUGAAAGCCCACAGCAAGAAGAAGAAGAAGAAGAAGAAGAGGAGAAAGAACAGAAAACGGCGGUGACAAAAUGCAGUGUUGAGGAGGCCCAUUUGCUUGCCAUUACCAGCCUGGCCGAGUUCACAGCCAGAUCCAUAGAGCAGUUCCACAAAACAGCUGAAAUGCUGCUCCACUGUAACCCUGAGGGCGUGACGGCCACAGAACAAGCCAAAGUCCUAUCGCAAGUUACUAUUGUUAUUUGUAAGGAGGUGUCACUACUAUCCAAAAAGUUCACGUCGUGUUUGACUACCAUUGGGACAAAUGAAAAGGGAGAAGUUCUCAAUCCACUUAUUACCAGCGUUUUUCUCGAGGCAUCAAACAGUGCAUCAUAUAUCCAGGACGCGUUCCAGCUCCUCAUGCCAGUGCUGGAAGUGUCUCAUAUUCAGAGGACGGUGGAGUCAGCACAGUGAUAACCACUUAGAAACACUUUACUGUGCCAACUUAGAUUUUAAUAACGAAAAAACCCAACAUGCAACAUCAUAUAAUGGAAGUAAACAAUGUUUGAUUUACAUUCAAGUAGAUAUGGGAAGCACACGACUGUAUGGUGUGCACAGCUUUUGCACAUCUGUUGAUUGUUGGCUUUUUCCUAUCUUAGUAUAUUUUUGAAAAGGCUUGGUGUCAGAACUUUCACUAUAACUGACAUUGUCUGAAUGAAUACAGUAAUUUAAAUAAAUAUGUUUUAUGUCUAAAUGUAUAAUGAAUAGAAAUCAGAUUUUUAAUAUCUUUAAGACUCAUCUCGUUUUCAAAUAAUUAUGCAAGUCAUAUCAGUAUUAAUGUUUAAUUAUCUUUUAAAUAAACAAUUGUUACUUGUC